AUGGCCGGUGCAAAGUGUCUUCUGAAGAUGCCGAGCAACUUCCAGUCGUCCGCCAUGUUUGAAGGCUCCGAGUCCACCGAGGCAGAGAGAGUCAGCACAGAAGUCCCCAUGGCCUCCUCCGUCACGGUUUGUAAGAAGGUGCUGUGCAGUAACAGUGUGCUGGACUCCUCCGAGUAUUGGCUGAGCAAUGAGAAAGCCCUGUGCAGAGUAGGCCUGCUGGAGGACAAUGCAGAAGGCAGCCUUACCACCGUCUGUUUUGUGAACCAAGACCAGCGGAAAAUGGACCGCCUUGAUGACAGAAGCAUCAAGAGACUGGCCUUGGUGUCUCCUGACCUGCCAAAGCUGGUUGAAUCACCAAGUGUCCAACAGCCCAAGGAAAAUGAGAUCCUUUUGCUCGGUGGCCUGGAGCCUCCAGUGUCUAGCCAGCCUCACCCACAUUCCCCCUUUCAGCAGCAGCAGCGAGGGACAGAUGUGUGUCUGGUGCAGUGUUCAGGGCAGAGACGCCCAACUCAACUAAGCAGCAUCAUCUUUGAGAUCAAAAAGUUCCUGAUCAGCCUACAAUGGGGGAAGGACCGACAAACACCGCAUGGCCGUGCAGCUGGACAACGGAUGGAUGAUGACACCAACCGCUCCAUCUCUUCCAUAGAGGAGGACUUCUUGACAGCUUCAGAGCACCUAGGAGAUGACAGCGAGGAUGAUGGAUUCAGAAAUGAGCCAGAGAGUGGUGGAAUGCCAGAGAGCUUGGAAGAGGUUGUACAGAAGCACUGCAUCAGACUUGCAUGUCAGAGAGGGCAGCUGGCCCAUCAUCAGGACAGGGAGGACUGUGAGCUGACUGCCAGGGCUCCCACCAAAAAGGGAGGCAUUCAAAGAGCUAAACUCCACACCAAGGAGUCUGCUGGUCACUAUGCCACCAACCUGGCUGAGUCAGUACUGCAAGAUGCCUUCAUCCACCUGUCUCAAGAUGAGACCUCCUUCAUCCCUGAGGCUGCAGUUAGUGUAUCCCCCAUCAGCUGCCCCUCAAACUCUGCUUCUUCCUCACAGGCAAAAAAAACAUCACGGCAGCACACUUGCUCCUUUGAACUCCCCAAGAUUGUCAUAGUUCAGAGCCCCGAUAGCUCUGAAGGAGCUGCAGAGUGGCCAGGGACACAGGCCUCUCAAUUACCUGACCAGGGUGUCUCUGUUGAACCCAGACAGGUGUCUGAGCACAGCACACAGCAGCAUAACCUCAACCAUAAUGGAGAACACCCUACUAAACCUCUGGAGUUGGCUCUUGCUUGUGCUGCCAGUGUCAUUGGCACCAUCACCACACCGCAGCUGACAGAACAGCUCACUAUGGAGUCUGCCUCAGAGGAGGAGACAGAGGAAGAGCUCCAAGAGGCUGAAGUGGUAGCUGACUACUCCUUCUCUUCUGCUAUGUGCGGAAUGGCUCAGGUGGCUGGGGCUGUGGCAGCAGUAGACCUGACUGAGGAGUCGGGGGAGGGUGGUGAUUCAGACACAGAUUCUGGUGAGGUCUACAUGACCUCCCAGGGACUGCUGUCUGCAGCUGAGGCCUCUGCUGCCUUCACUCUUCACUGCAGCAUGGCAGAGGGCACCAGCAUUGAGGCCUUCCGUGCAAACAUUUCUGAGGUCCUACACAGGGAGGCUGCUGAGGUACUGGCUCAGCCCCAUGGCUAUAAGAGUGUAGCCCACCUGCUGGAAGCCACCCAUAAGAAGAUAUUGGAAGGCAUUACAUGUUCAAAGAAAUCCUUUGUGGAUGAAACAGAAGUGGAUGACUUCAUCAGUGAGGUGACAGACACCAUAUUUAAACAUGCUUUAGAAAAAGCAAAAAAGAGAAAAGAAUUGGAGGGUCCUGGGAAAGAUGCCCCCAAUCUCCAAGUUUUUUUGCAGGAGAGUGUGAACAGUUUGCUCUUUGACAUCCUUUGCCUGACACAGAGGAAAAUCAGUGACAUUUCUAAAUGUGAGCAGGGGGCAUUUGACCUGUGGUUAGGUGAUAUUUGUACUAGAGAGGCUGCUACCAUCAAGGAGAGCAGGAAACCAUCAGUUCAGUUACAGCACUUGGUUGGCUACAGCCAUUCCAACAAUAAUAAUGAGAGCCAGAGUGUCAUGCCUCACUACACAGAUAAGAUGACCAUCAUUUCUGGGAAGAAGGAAGAGAAGGACAGUGAUGCUUCUGGCUCUACUUCAUCAGCAUACAACAAGGAGCAACACAAACAGGGUCAGAUUAAAUGCAUGUCCAUCUCUGCAAAGGACUGUUCCGACCACCAGCAGAUCCAGCAGGGCAAGGGGGCUCUUAAAGAGCCUCUAAGUGAGAUUUCUGUCAUGAGCACAGAAAAAAGGGGACGUUUCGGGGUGGGGAGUGACAACAGACAGUCCUCUCUUACUCCCCAGUCCUCCUUCAACUCCUGCAGUUCCCAACUCUCUCUGAGAAUGGACUCGGAGUCCAGAACACCCAUUACUUGCUUUGCUGAUGACUUGGCCACCACGGUAGUAUCUAUGGCCACAGAGUUGGCUGCUAUUUGCCUGGAGAACUCUACCGGGAAACAACCCUGGUUCUGUGCUCUAAAAGGGACAUCUGGAGAGGGGCCAGAAGCAUAUUUGCUGCCUGCUUGUCGCACAGUACUUAGAAGGAAAGAAGGGCAGAAUGGUAGCACUGCCUCCAAGAAACAUCGGGCACCACGGCUCAGUGAGAUUAAGAGGAAAACAGAAGAGCAACCAGAGUUGAUGGAGCGCCUAGUGAACCGGGUGGUUGAUGAAACAGUCAACCCUGAUGAACCUCAGGACCCCUUUGCCCUCUUUGCCUCAGAGGUCACAGCAAGGAUCAUGAAUUGCCCCGAGCUCAAUGUGGUAGACACAUCCAAAGCAGGCCAGCCACGCAACAGGCUACAGUGUGAGAGGUGGAGCCGAGGAAAGGCAUCCAGUUAUGAAAGCAUCCCAGAGGAAGAUGCUGAUCCAUCCGGCACACCCAACACCCUGGGUCCUGGCAGCCGUCUGGGUCAGAACCUGAGCCGGGGAAGCUCAAUAUCCAAGCAGUCAAGCUGUGAGAGCAUCACAGAUGAGUUUUCACGGUUCAUGGUUAACCAGAUGGAGACAGAGGGAAGGGGAUUUGACCUCCUUCUAGACUAUUAUGCAGGGAAGAAUGCAAGCAACAUCCUAGCUGCAGCUGUGCAGCAGGCUGCUUCCAAAAAAAAUGGCCACCUUAAUGUCAGGGCAUCCUCUUGCCUUUCCAAACAGUCCAGCACAGAGAGUAUAACAGAGGAGUUCUACAGGUUCAUGCUCCGAGACAUGGAUAAGGAGAAUAAAGAGUAUGGCAUUGCCAAGACUAGAGAGUGGAGCAACAGCCUGCUCCCCCCUUCUCCCAGAACUCCUUUCUGUAUUCGACAAUCCUCAGUCCCAGACCGCCGCUCCUCAGACUCACGACUCACUGUCAACUCUCCCAUCAAAGCCAACUCUUUCGACGGAUUCGCUCGCAAUGUGCAUGGAGACACACUGAACAUCUACCCCACCAGCUCAGUAUCAGCCACUGGCCUUUGUAAGUCAGACUCCUGCCUGUACCAAAGGGGAAAGACUGACCAGAUCACAGAUAUGCUAAUUCAUGAGACUUGGUCCAGCUCCAUUGAGUCCCUAAUGAGAAAGAACAAGAUCAUCGCUUAUCCAGAAGAUAGCAUCGAGCUUGAAGCAGCAGGAGACUCUCAACCCCAUGUCCAGCAGUUUGCCAACCGACUGGCAGCAGACAUUGUAGAGACUGGGAAGUCUGCUCUGGGGGGGCAGCAGGAUGGAGCUGGGGCAACUUUUGGAUCACAGCCACAGUCUCAUAUGCCAGUAGGGGUAAGGAGGGAAGGGUUCAAACAGUCCAGGCCAAGUUGCAAUCAUAUUAAGGCCACCCAGGUGCAGGAUGGGACUGUGGCAGGCGGCAACAGUGCACCCCGCAUGAGGGGUCCUAGGGAUGUUCCAAUGAUCCACAUUGAGGGAGAUCAAAAGGAUGAAGAGACUUUCCAGGAUACUGAGAGGGCAGGGCUUCACCUCCAAGACAUGCCUCCAGAAGUUUCAGCCCCCAAACGUAUGGAGAUAGCAUCACUAGCCAGCAACGGCAGCAGUGAGAGGGACAGGCCAGCUGUGGUGGUGGCUGCAGUAGUGAAGAGGGACAAGCGUUCUAUGAGUGCUAGCAGUGAAGAAAGCAUGGGGAGCUGGUCCCAUAUCACUCCCGAAGAUGACCCCCACGAGGAGACCAGUAGUUUUAUCCAGCUGAGCGAGGGAAAUGGGACCAGCAGUGCAUCUAGCCUUGGUCUGGCAGACCUGGAUGCUUUUUCUGAUGUGCCCACCCAGAGCACAGUAAUCAGCAAGGAGACAGAGAAGGGCAACCUCAUGGGGAGCAGGGAGAAUGUCCUUGAACCCGAUCAACAUGACAAUCUUCUACACAGCAACAUCACCAAAUCUUACAAGAAGGCUGCGAAGUCUGCUGAAAGAGACAUCAUCACCCCAAAGGACAAAAAAGUCGCAUCAGAUCUGAAAUUAGACGACUGCAUUGAUGUCACCGCCCAGGAGCAAGCCUUCAUUACCCUGAAAGACCACAAGCCACAUUUUAAAAACAAACCAACAUGCAGGCUUAUCAACCCCACCAAACCUGAAAUAGGGGUGGGCAGUAGUAGCCCCAGGGAACUGCUGGUGGUGAACUGGGACCUGGAACUGGAGUGUGUGGACUCAGAGCUGAGAAUGGCUCUGCAGUGGAUCGCUGCCUCUGAGCUUGGCCUGUCUGUCCUCUACUUCAAGAAGUCCAAAGAAAAGAAGGCCCCCAAGUUUCAGAGAGUGGUCCACCUGCUGUCCCAGAAGGCGUGGCGGAUUGCUGACCUGUUUCGUGCAGUGGUUCAGUUUUGUGAGCUCCACGAGAAAGAGGAAGAUGAGGGUGGGUCUCUAUCCAGCCUGUUUGAUUGGCUGCUGGAAACCUUUUAG